GCCUCUUCUUCUGCCCUCGGCUCGCGCCCCAACGAUGGCCGCCGAGGCGCCCGCUGCGAAAGGCCGCGGCGGCGCGGCCGCACCGCCGCCGCGCACCGCCGCGGGCCCGGGCCGGCGCCGAUCGGGCGCACGGGGCGGGAGCGGGCAGCGGAGGCGCCCGGCAGGCCGUCCCGGGGGCUCUGCGGCGCGGCGGCGGCGCUCCUC